CAAGUUUUUUCUUCGUCCACAAAAAGCGUUUCUCUGCUCUUUUGUUCCCAAACUCCUACAUGCUAAUGGUUGUGGUUCUGUCAGGUGGGAUCAUGGAGUUCGCAGAGCUGAUAAAAACCCCCCGAGUGGACGGAGUCGUGCUGCACCGACCCUUCCUGCCCACCGUGGAGGGGACUCUCUGUCUGACCGGCCACCACCUGAUUCUCUCCUCCAGACAGGACAACACGGAGGAGCUGUGGCUGCUGCAUUCAAACAUCGACUCCAUCGAGAAAAGAUUCAUUGGGUCUUUGGGAACUAUCAUCGUUAAAUGCAAAGACUUGAGGGUGAUCCAGCUUGACGUCCCUGGCAUGGAGGAAUGUCUCAACAUUGCCAACUCUAUUGAGGCUCUGUCCACGCUCGAUUUGGUCUCCUUGAUGUACCCUUUCUUCUACCGGCCCAUGUUUGAAGUCAUAGAGGAUGGGUGGAACUCGUUUCUUCCGCAGGACGCCUUUAAAGAUUUGGAGUCUAUGACAGACGAGUGGAGACUGAGUGAGGUCAACAAAGACUUCAGCGUGUGUCAGUCGUACCCCCCUCUAGUGGUGGUGCCAAAAGACAUCGACGACGACACACUGAAGAAAGUGGCCACUUUCCGCCACGGCGGCCGUUUUCCAGUGCUUAGCUACUAUCACAAGAAGAACGGCAUGGUGAUGAUGCGAGCGGGACAGCCACUGGUGGGGACCAACGGGCGGCGCUGUAAGGAAGACGAGAAGCUAAUCAAUGCCACUUUGAGACCUGGGAAACGGGGAUACGUCAUUGAUACGCGCACCAUCAACGUUGCCCAGCAGGCCAAAGCCCGAGGUGGAGGGUUUGAGUCUGAGGGAAACUACCCACAGUGGAGAAGGAUCCACAAAGCCAUUGAAAGGUCUAACAUCCUCCAGGAGAGCCUGAUUAAGCUUGUGGAGGCAUGUAAUGAUCAGUCCCACAGCAUGGACCGUUGGCUAAGCAAAUUAGAGGCCUCCAGCUGGCAGGCUCAUGUCAAGGAGAUCCUCACCACCGCUUGCCUCGCUGCUCAGUGCAUUGACAGGGAGGGAGCAUCGGUGCUUGUCCACGGCUCGGAAGGGACAGACUCCACUCUCCAGGUGACCUCCUUGGCUCAGAUCAUCCUUGAUCCGACCUGCAGGACCAUCAAAGGCUUCCAGAGCCUCGUGGAGCGAGAGUGGCUGCAGGCGGGUCACCCGUUCCGGCAGCGCUGCGCCCAGUCCGCCUACUCCAACAGCAAGCCUCGCUACGAGGCUCCCGUCUUCCUGCUGUUCUUGGACUGCGUGUGGCAGAUCCUUCGCCAGUUUCCCUGCUCCUUUGAAUUCGGCGAGAGCUUCUUGGUUCUGCUCUUCGAACACGCUUACGCCUCCCAGUUCGGGACUUUUCUCGGCGACGGUGCAGCCGAGAGAGCCAGACUGUCUCUGCCUGAGAAAACUGUUUCCCUUUGGUCGUGGGUGAACCGGCAGCAGGAGCUUGAGCGUCUGACCAACCCGCUCUACGAGGCCAACAGUCUUGUAAUCUGGCCCUCCGUGGCGCCUCAGAGUCUCCUGCUGUGGGAAGGAGUGUUCCUUCGCUGGAACCGGUCCUCCAAGUGUUUGGAUGAGGCUCACGAUGAAAUGGUACAUAUAAUUGAGUACAACAAGGAGCUUCAGAACAAAGUAAACAGUCUGCGCAGGCAGCUGGCACAGCUGGAGACAGAAGAUCCUCUGUUGCAAACGCCUUAGAGUGUGUCGGGGGGGGGAAGAACCUGCAAAAGAUGGUGGAAAAAAGCGGCAAAUGUUGAAAUAAUUGUCAAAGAACAAACUUAUAGGCAACACAUUAGUUUUCAGGCUUGUUCAAGAUUAGAUUAUUCUCAUAUAUUUCAAAACAUGACAUAUUUAUUUUAUUUUCAACACCGUGGCUUACAUUAAACCAUGUUGCCUCAUUAAAGUCUGAGCUAUAAUGAAGGUGAAUGUUUUGUCUCAUAUUCCAAAAAUAUCAUUUAUUUUACCAGGAAAGACAAAACAAAAAUCCUUUGAAUUUCAUUGACUGGUCACUUGGUUUUACAGCUCAGCCUCAUCAGAGCCUCUCGCUGUUUUUUCAUAUUAACUCUACAUAUUAGACGUGUGUGCUAUCUGCCAGCAUUUAUCUUUUUAAAUUAGACAUUUGGGAGACAUGGCGCGUUAUUAAGAAAGGGUUCACACUCUCACCAAUAUCCUGCUGAAUCUAUACAGCCCUGAAGCACUGCGGAGUAACUAUGGCAACAUAUGGGGUGCUAUAAGACUGCGGCGUGUUGAGAUGGAGUGUAGGUUGGGUCAGCAUCUGUUGUAGUGUACAACCAGGGAGCUUUGCAUAAUAUACAUCUGACCAAAAUGUGUUGACCAAAUAAUCAUGACAUGAUAUUCUGGUUAGUCGCGUCGCCAGAAUUUACUCACUAAUGCUUUAUUAACUACAUCAUCAUCACACAGCAAUGAUCUUAAGAUUCCAACCUCUUUGUGUGGGAAAACUAUUUAAAAAUGCUGCAGAGUGAUGGAAAAUAAUUGUAACGGUGGUACGAAGGGACUGGUUGUCAUAGCGAUGGUAGAAAGAUCCUGUUACAAGGGAACCUUAACUGAGUUUAUCGCUUGGAGGAUAGGACCAAUCUUUAUUUUUGGUAAAAUUAUGUAGUAAAUGUUAAUGUACAUUAAGAAACAAAAUACAUGCCUGAGGUUUAUAGUUUAAUAUUCAAAAGUAAUGCACUUUUUGUGAAAAUUUUAAGUUUCCUUUAUAUGAAAUAUACACCAUGUAGAAAGCCAUGCUCAAGUUAAUGGAACGUUCAGGCGUUUAAACAACACUAUAGUCUAUUAUUAGACGGUUAGGAGUGAAAGCCUUUGUUAGGAAACAAAAUGACUUGAAUCAAAGCAGUUUUGAGUAAAGACUGAGGUUAAUGUCCAUGUUACACUUCUGACAAGACUCAAAGAUGUCGUUCCACUGGUGACGUUGUGCAGACUAACCAAAGGGAUUUUAAGGUUGUGUGUGAUCUAGCUGGACAGAAGCAGAGACCAUGAACUCUCAUCCCUUCCCUUUUAUUGACAGUAGUUUGUGCAACGUCAGUAGUCAGCUUGUAUGAUUUCACAAGGCUAUGACUGGGUAGAAAUUCCUGUACAAAUAGUUUUUGGGUCCAGUUUUUGUAUUCAUGCAAAGUUGAAAUUACUUUGGUUUGUCUGCAGUACCCUACCCAUAGUACUACUUAAUUAGAAUUACAUUUGUGAGUCUUGUCAGAGACUUAAAAUAGCUACCUGGUAUUUAUUUCGAUAUUACUCCAUAGCCUGAAGCGCCAACAUUGAUUGCCAUAUUGUUGCAAACAUAUAUAUUUUGAUUUCACUGAAAACUGCUUUAAUUUAAGUUGUUUUGAUGCCUACCAAAAGAGUUACCAUCUAAUAAUCAACAUAGGAAUGUUUA